AUGAGAAGUACAUUGCACACCUCAGCUGUUGCAAAGAAGAGCCUUUGUGAUGAAGCUGGAUUGACUCUCUACUACCUGCUAGGUCAGCAGGCUAAGUGCUGUGUUGAUGUGCAGGGUAGGGGGCAUGGGAGAAGACUGACAGCUGUAGGGCACACUGAAGAUCUAUGUCCAGUUCAUGUUGGUUGCUUUUGGUUAACUGUCACUUUCUUCAUACAGAGUUGUUCCGUCUCCAUAAGGGCUGCUGUCUUCUUCUAUAGGUCACACAAUGAGAAUCUCAGCUCAGUGCACAAACUCCACAGUGUUGACAGUAGACCCAUCUAUCACCGCUUGAUAUUUGAAAGAAAUGAAGUGCUAGAAGUUCUCUAA